UUGCACAGAUGACCGCUGGCGAGAGUUCGUGGCUGCAGGAUUCCAGAAAUGGUUCGGACAGCGUCGACGAGUGGUCUGCAGCUGCUGGUCAUCAGCGGAACCCUGUUGUCCCUGGCGUCACUGGGCUUCGCAGGGGCGUUGCCUCUGAUAUUCCACGACGACCCGUUGAUUGCAGAAGAGAGCCAGCACCAGGAGCAGCUGUCCAUCGCGCCUUUUGUAGUGACGGCACCAAUGACCCAACAAGGGAGCGAAAGACAGCCUGAGACUUCUGACGAACAGCAAGAACUGCCGGCGCUUGCCGUACGACAUGCGCCGCAGUACAGCGGGAUGACCGCGUCGCAGCCAGCGAAGAGGCACGCUCACCAAGGCCCAGUGAGAGCAGUCAUGCCACAGCCGACUCACUACCAGCACUCGCCGGCCACAGCGCAGGCAUCAUACGCACCGGCACAGCAAGGAGAUCUGCAAGGGUCCGCCACGGGCUACGGCAAUCAGGCCGAAGGCUACCUCGACAUGGGUGCCUACUCAAGCGGCUACGGUGCCUUCGGCUGGUACGCCGAUUACCCUGUCGGCGGAGGGUAUCACUGAGCCCGCGUUAUAAAUUUGCGUAGUCAAGGAGCACAGGAUGCAUACGUGAAUAUCUCGGCAAGUAUCUCUAGAGAUCACACAGCUGCCAUAGUUAUUCAAAAGAAAAUCGGAAAAAGAAUAUUUUAGUUGACAUUACGAGAAAACAAACGAAGCUGGGUUGCGGGCCAAGUAAUGCGAAGGACAGACUACCGAUGGCCUAUUAUAGUUACAGAGUCGAUACCAAGGGAAAGGAAAAGUGGUCGCAGACUGCAGAGCAUUAGGUGGUGCAAUGAAAUUAGGAAACUUGCAACAAGGGGGCUAUUGCAAAUCGAUGAAAGAGGCCUUCGUCCUGCAGUUCACAUAAAUAGGCGGU